AUGAAUUUCCUUUAUUUGACGCGGUCGAUACUUCGACCGAAUGUUACAAAAAUAAUUGCUGCAAGGUAUAUUUCUCAACACCCUGUAAAGUUUAUAGAAACGGAACGACGAUGGCGAGAAAAAGACAAUGUCCCUAAACAUUGGGAAUUAAUUUAUAAGGCUCCUAUGGAAAGAUGGUUAAACUAUCUAUCAGUAUAUUUAACAUUUUCAACUACAACUGUUGGCUUCGGAGGAUUGUAUUAUGCUGCCUUUGUAUUUGAUAUUAAUACAGUAAAUAAUCCUGUUAUUCUUGGAGACGAUAUAGUUGUUGCAAACAGUGGGUUUGAAUGUUUUGUAUACUUGGCAGCAUUUGUUGGAUUUCAUGCAGGAAUUAAAAUAUUAUUGUCAAAGUAUGUGCUUCGUUUAUACCAAGAUGGUGAUAACUAUUUGGCUAUUUUCGGAGGCCAUGUUUAUAAUCAAAUAAAAAAACAUAAAUUUCAUUUAAAUGAUUUCAAAAGGUUAAAUCCAACCUUUGUUGUUUCAUGGGGAGAUGCAAGAUUUUCCCUAGGAAAUAAACAUGCAAUCAUAUUAGAAAACUACUUCAAAACUCCUGAAUAUUUCAACUAUUUAUUAUUUAAAAGGAACAAACCAAAAAUUGAUGAUUGA